AUGCCUCUUAUCAGACUCGAGAUUCUUUAUCUUCCCGACAACGUUUCCCCCUCUCUCUCUCACACCCCAAUCUCUCUCUCUCUCUUCCCACUGGACUCGUCCACAAACGAGAAGGGUUUGCUGCUGAAUUUUGAGGACCGGAACGGGAAGCCAUGGCGGUUUCGCUACUCCUACUGGAACAACAGCCAGAGCUACGUGAUGACCAAGGGUUGGUCCCGCUUCGUCAAGGAGAAGAAGCUCGACGCCGGCGACAUCGUCUCCUUCCAGCGCGGCGUCGGCGAGCUCGCCAAGGACCACCUCUUCAUCGACUGGCGCCCCGCCCCCGACCUGCCCCCCUCCCACCACUUCUCCUUCCACCAGCGCAGCUCCUCCCUCCACCACCCCUGGAGCCCCCUCUUCAUCCCCCCGCCGCCGCCGCCGCGCAACUACUCGCAUCUCCUUCACCACCACUACCACCACCACCACUACCCGCCCACGGGGUACGGGCCCUACGCCUACGGCAGCGUGGUGAAUGGAAACCCUUGCCCCCCGGGGUCCAUAGUGUAUCUGAGAGGAGGAGGCGGCGGCGCAGGGGCAAAGAGAGCAGAUGGUUUUUGA